AUGUCAAGCUCCCUUCACCCUAAACGCACCGGCGACGAAUUCGCCGGCAGUCACUACGAUGCCAACCCGCAGGAUUCUUCAGAGCAAAAAAAGCCACGCUUCGAUCUGCGCAACCCCUCAGCCCUUGCUGCAGAUGCUCCAGAAGACGACGCAGUUUUGGACGCCGAUGAGAUUGGACGCCGGGGUCAGCAAAUUCGGCGCAAUGCUGUCAACCUUGACGGAUACGAUUCGGACAGCGACAAUGAGGGAUUCGGCGCGCACGAAAAGGGGAAAUCUAAGGGCAAGCAAGCCAAACAAGAUGCCGACGACGAUGAUAUGUUCGCCGAGCUACAAGAGGAUUUUGGCGAGGAAGAAGUGGACGGCGACAAAGUGUUGCACAAAAACAAGAAGUCCGUGCGCUUUCUACGAGACGAUGAGAUUGAGGGCCAGGUCGCUUCCUCGAAAAGCGGCGGCGGUCUCCACGUUGAUCUGAGCAAGGGCGCAAGCGGCGUCGACAACGAUGAGGAUGACAGUGAUAGUGAUGUUGGGGAGGAAGAGCGCGCACGCGCCGACGAUAAAGUGGACGAAGAGCUUGGCGCAGGCGCGAAAAAGAAGCAUGCGCCUCUUCUUGAUGCCUUUAAUAUGACUACUGAGCAAGAGGAGGGCAGGUUCGACGAUGCAGGCAAUUAUGUACGCCAAGCCGUCGACCCGGACGCUGUUCAUGACUCGUGGCUGGACGGUGUUUCCAAGAAGGACAUCAGAAAAGCCAAAGAAGCUGCCGAGCAACGUGACGAAGAACGGAAAGCCAAAGACCGCGAGAAUGACAGCGUUUUGACAAGCGACAUCUUGAAAACCCUCAUCAUCAAUCUGGAACGAGGCGAGACAAUACUUGAAGCGCUUGCUCGGCUGGGCAAGGGUCUUCGCCGAAAGCCCAAAUGGCAGAACAAGAAAAACAAGAAAAAUGUCCCCGAGGAUGCCGAGAUGGUGGACGAAGAUCCUAAUGAGGUAGCCCGAAAGAAGGCAAUUGAUGCUGUUACUGGAGCCGCCGACAUUUUGAUGAGCCGAGGCCAAGAACAAAUCUACGACACCGAACGCGAAAUCCUCACCCGACAAUAUCGCUCCGAGACAGGGGAACCAUGGGUUGACCCGCCAUCUGGGGAAGAAGAAAAAGAGCAAGGACCUGCGAUGUGGGAAUACAGAUGGUCUGAUGCUCGGGAUGGUGGGAAUAUCAACGGUCCAUACGACAGCGCGAUGAUGGACUCGUGGAAGAGUGCUGGUUACUUCGGCGAGGGUGUCGAAUUUCGCCGGGCUGGUGACGAUGGGCCAUGGAGCAGCACCGUGGACUUUGUACAAUAA